AAUGCUCUUAGCCACUAAUAAAUGGUGAAAAAUAUCGACAAAAUAUCUCUCGCUUAAAGUAGGAUAGGAUUUUUAUCUCUCUCCUCUCUUUUUUCUGGAAAAUUUCCGUCGGCAAGGUUUUUUUUUUUUUGUUACGGUACGUGUCGUGAAAAUAAUGGACAGGACACAUGGAGUACUAGUACUAAAGUAGGAGAAGUUUUUCAGUGUCGGGCAGGUAUAUUCACCUUAUGCCCGUUUAUGCAUCUAAGCCGUUUAAAAGUGUUUUGUUUAUCCUCAUUAAAAGAGGGUGAAUACUAUCAUCUUUUUUACUGAUUAAAAUGGUGUAGGUCUCAUCCUUACAAUAUACUUUUUGAUAAGUAUAACGAAAUACACACUAUUUCAAUCAAAAUAAAUAAAGAUAAUGUUCACUAUUUUAAAUGAAAGGUGAACAAAAUUAGCAAAUUCUAGCUAAAGAGUGAUAGCAACAAAAAACAAAGGAAAGAAGUCUAUAUAUAUAUAUAUCUUGAAACCACAUCUUCCAAAUAUCUACAUUAUCCAGUCAAAUACUACAGUAUAUUUGAACAAUAUUUGUUUGGAUCCUCGCUGGAUGAUUGCCAUUUGCCCACAUCGUACCUAAUUAUGGACAAAGAAUCACCCGACCAAAUUUAAUAUCACGAAUCACCACUUGGUUCCACCAUUUGACAACAACGACACACAAGAAAUUUUUGGGUGUCGGUAGGGCAUAGUGUACGCGCGUGCAAUUCAAAUUGUCUAAACGUGUUUUAGACCGUUUGGAUUUCAGAGAGAAAAAAAGAGGAAGGGGAUUUCAGAGAGAAAAGAGAGGGGCGCGGGGGGAGUAAUUCUGGGCAAUUGGAUCACUGAUUGGACGGUCCGGAUCGCCGACGAGUGUCACGUGAUAUCCACUCAACACCCAAAAACUAUAAAAACAAAAAUUAAAACCCUGAAAAGAAUCACAGUAUGAAACAAAAAUUAAAUUAUACGUCAGCGAAAAUUAAUUUAGUUUAGUCCAAACUUAUUUUAUCGGUAGACAAAGUAAGGAGAAGGAAACCAUUAAAGGGUUGGUCAGGUGAUUUUGGCCGGAGACUUCUCUCAAAGUUUCGAUCAACUUCAAUUUUCAUUGCUGGCAAUUUUUGCAAUCACCUCAUUUCACGUGUAAGCAUGUGAAACACGAUUAUAGAAAGAGAUUGUAUAAAUUAAUAUGAAGUGGGCGCAAAUUAACCUAAGACUUACGCAUUAUAAAAAUAAUAAUAAUACGAGGGGUAUUGCAUUUGGGAUUGUGAUGUUGACGUUUUGAAUCUUCCAACGCGCCGCGUACACGUAGCAAAUUAGCUACUCCUAAUCCUUUAUUUUUAGAGCAUGUACACCAAUGAAAAUGUAAAAAUGCUGAUCAACAGUGUAUUUUUUUUAUUUUACCUACUCACAUCUCUCUCAAUACUACACCAAUAUUAUCUAUUUUACCUAACUCCAAUUAAAAUAUAUAUUUUUCACUCAUUUUUUUAUUAUCUUUAUUGUUUAAAGAGAGGAGAAAGGAGGGAGGAGAGAGAGAAAUAAAUAAUAAUAAUAAAAAAAGAGUAUGAACAGUACAUAGGUAAAAAUAGAGAACAACUAUUCACAAAUGCAUUUUAACUCCUCUUUUAGCUCAUUUGGUGUAGACUAUUUUUUAUAUUUCUCUUAGGUAAAAUAGCAAAAAAUGUAUUUUUGCUCGUCUAGUGUACUUGCUCUUAGCGCCUAUAAAAUCAAACCCGUGGACGCUCUCUUCUCUUCACAUCCGAUACCCAUUUCACGUCCCACUUAUACAUACAGAGAGAGAAAAAAAAAAGAAGACAGAGAAGAAAAGAUGGCAGGAAUCAUGAACAAGAUAGGCGAAACCCUCCACAUGGGAGGCAAAAAGGAAGGCGAGCAGCACAAGGGCGAGGGGCAGCACAUGGGCGAGGGGCAGCACAAGACGGAGCAGCACUGCGGGGAGCAGCACCACGGCGGCGAGGGGCAGCGCAAGGAAGGAGGGGGGUUGAUGGACAAGGUGAAGGACAAGAUCCACGGCGGCGGCGGUACCGGUGGUACUCAGGAUCAUGAGAACAAGGGGGAGAAGAAGAAGAAGAAAGAGAAGAAGAAGAAGCACGAGGGCGGCCAUGAUAGCAGCAGCAGCGACAGCGAUUAGAUCGCCCCGUCCUUAUCUUCUUUUCCGCCCUCUGCGUACGCUUCUAUAUAGAUCUCUGUGUGUGUGUGUGUGUGUGUAUAUAUAUAUAUAUAUAGUCCUAUAGUCAUAACAUAAGCCAUAUUUCAAAUUUGUGUAUCGCUACGGGGCGUUGUAACGAUGCAAAAGCAAAAGAGAGAACGAACUAAUUCAUGAUCGAUCAGCAAGUUUUCCGUGGAUCAAAAAAAAAAAAAGAUUAGCAAGUUUUUCGAUCGAAAAAUUAUUGAUAAUUAAGCAUUAAUUAUAGGAAUUUUUUUUCCCUAACAUACACUCAUUUUGAUUUUUUUUUUUUAAUCCAAAGAAUUUGUGGGUCCAAUCUCAUGAAAAUGUUUUUAAAAAAUCUAUUCUCUCUCUGUUUUUUUUUUUUUUUUCCUUCUAAUCUUUUUGUGCAUUUCUACUUUGCAGGUGUGGACGGAGUCUCGAGGGAGCUAGAAAUAAAAUCCUGAUAGAGUGGGGGAAAAG